AUGGAAGAAGAGAGACGCGUUGUUGUUUCUCUGUCUUGGAGGUGUACCCGCCGCCGCCCCUGCGUCCAACUCGCAGCCACCAGCCGUCGCGAGCUUGCAUGGAGGCACCGUCGCUGCCGUCCAACUCCCGACCCUCUACUAUUCGCUGUUCGAGUUCUCCCUGCCUCUUCCCGAAGCCGCCACUCGCCCCUGCAAGCCCUCGCCGCUUCAUUCUCCGUCUCGAUUCCAAGGGAAGACCGCCACCAGGAGUGGUGGUGGAUUAGCCACGAUAGGAGAGGCUUGACGGAACCCCCAAACUCCACGAUCUCUGCCGCGGAUGGUGGUUCUGAUGGCGUGAGCACGCACCCUUGUUACAGGAGCACCAUGGGCUUCUCCCUUCCGUGCCGCGAAAGCGCCGACAUCGGCACUGCUCCUCGCAUCGUCAUCAGUGGCGGUUGUCCGCGGGUUCGGCGCCUCCCAAGGAAGAUACCGCCAAGCGUCCUCCCCUCCCACAUCUCGAUUUGGCUGCAAAUCUCCUGGGUGCGUCAUCGACGAAUCAAACCAAGAGCCGUAAGUGUAGAAUCGUUUGCCUCUGGAGCUGUUGAAUCAUUGUUGAGUGGUGAAAAAGUUGAGGUUGAUUUGGCUUGAAUCUGGCAUAUUGGAGGCCGUUGGAGUCGUUGAUGAUUUCGGAAGGUUGCACAAAUUUUGGUGCAGGUUGCCUGAAUAUCUGCAAGUAUCUUGGAUUGUUUAUUAUAAUCUGAAUUCAAGCAAUCUAAGCUAGUUUGAAUCUGAUUCCAAAUUGCGUCAUCAUAGGAAUUUGGCAUGGUGUUCAACGAGAGCACCAUUUGAUACGAAUUUGUAUCAAGAACUAGAAAGAAUUAGAGAUAAUCAGAGAGAAUAGAAGAGAAAUUCCUAGAAUUAGAGCCAAAGAGAGGAAGUAGAAUUUUCAAUUACAUUAUGCCUAUCCCACAUUAUUACAUUAUACUCUUAUUUAUAGUAUAGUUCUCUAAUUAGGCUAGUCUAAUAU